AUGAUCACAGACAUGAAUUCAAAUAAGAAAAUCAUUUACUUACAUUGUGUUGGAGGUCAAGAACAUUUCACCUCGUACACAGUGAAUCUUGCUCCAAAAGUUGGUCCUCUUGGUCUCUCUCCUCGAAUGGUUGCGGAAGAAAUUAUAAAACAAACUCAAGAAUGGAAACAUGUUCGUGUGAAAUGCAAAGUUGUUGUUCAGGAUCGAUCAUUUCGUGUGGAAAUUAUGCCUUCGUGUGCCAGUUACAUCAUUCGUGCGUUGAAUCAGUCCAUGGCAGCGUUAGGUUGUUCAGCUUCUCGACAUGUUCGAAGUGAAAGGUUCUCAAAAUCAAGUCUUUACAAACAAGGAAAUCUGUCAAUGGAACAAGUGUUUGAUAUAGCUCGAAAGAUGAAACCUCGAUCUCGAUCGAAGGAAUUGAAAGGAUGUGUUCAACAAGUAUUGGGAACUUGUGUUUCGAUAGGAUGUCAAGUCGAAUGUCAAGAUCCAAAACAAGUUCAACUACUUUUAACGUGUGGAGUUUUAAGUGUUCCUCUGGAGUAA